AAAGUUCGGAAGAGAGGAACUUCUGGACCCAUGCGAUGAAUAGCACUGAGCAUGCACCUCUCACGUGACGUCGGCAAGCUAAUUUCUGUGAUUCAUCAGAAAUACAUCCGGAUGCUGGCAUGCGUUGCUCACGUAACACAGCAAAACCGAUCAUCUUUGCUGCUUCCGUGGCGUCCAUCUUGUUUCUCGUCAUCAUCGACAAGCGUCCGAAAACGAUCACUGCAUCACCUGUCAAGGACCUCUUGUUUGCAAGAAAAUCGUAUAGAAUGGAAAAUGGCAGAUCUUCGUUUCGCCGAAAUGACUCAUCAGUUUCUGUUUUAGCAAAUUCCGGACGAAACGAAAAUGUGCCUCGGCGAAACAACACCCGGCGUCGUCUGCCGCAAUGUAUCAUCAUUGGGGUCCGCAAAGGGGGUACUCGUGCACUUUUGGAGUUCUUGAAAUUGCAUCCCUCUGUUAAAACUGUUCAAAAAGAAGUGCAUUUCUUUGACAAAAACUAUAGUUUAGGUUUGGAUUGGUACAGAUCACAUAUGCCCCUUUCUAACCCUCAUGAAAUCACCAUUGAGAAAACCCCGAGGUAUUUCGUUACGCCAGAGGCCCCUGAAAGGGUGCAUCGCAUGAACAGUUCUAUCAAAUUAAUUUUGAUUGUACGCGACCCAACAGAAAGAUCUAUUUCCGAUUUUUCGCAUUCUCACAGACGAGAAAUUCGAGCUGGGCCAUUAAACGAAACAUUUGAAGAACAUGCUAUCAAUGCAGACACGGGAAGAUUGAAUCUGGAUUGGUCCAGCAUUGGGAUUUCCUUGUAUCACAAACACAUCGAAAGAUGGCUAAACUAUUUCCCGCGAAAACAAAUCCUCAUCCUGGACUCGGAAGCUUUCAUCAAAAACCCCGUCCCUGUGCUCCGAAGAAUUGAAUCAUUUCUAAACCUCGCACCCAAGUUUGGCCCCAAUAUGUUCUACUUCAACAAAACCAAGGGUUUUUAUUGUCGAAAUACGCCCCCUGGCGGGUGCCUUGGGUGGACGAAAGGUUUGCCUCACCCUGAGGUUCGCCCAGAGGUGAUUGCGAGGUUGCGGGGUUUCUUUCGGCCACACAACACGGUAUUUUAUAAGAUGGUUGGACAUGACUUCAAAUGGCCAUAAAAUGCCGUAAUCAUUCAACAUCAUUUCAGGGCUGUAUCACUUUAAAGGACCUCAAUUUAGCCUUACAACUGCCCUCAGUGUGCCCAGUAAAUAUCUCAGUUGUACAAUAUUGCUGUGGUUUUGAGCAGUUUUCUGUAUGAUGGCAUAGCAAAUCUUAAAUAAAUAAAUCUAUAUCUUAUAUUAACAAAACAGUACAUUUAUUAGUAAUCCUACUACAUAUAUAUAUACCCAAUUAUCAAAAUAAUAUUGUUGACCUCAUAUCAUUGUUUGUUAUAUUUUUCAAUUUGAAUAUCAUUUGUAACCACAUAUUAUUAUUUAUUAUA